GUAAAUACAGCGGUGAUGUCGAGCCAGACCUGUCCAAAAAUACGCGAAUACGAUCCCCUCGUUGAUGUGCAGUGGCAGAGCAUGUGCAUAGCGGAAUACCCGAGCGAUCUUUCAGUACAGCAGCAAUGCUGCGUGAAAGAGUGUGGAAGCGACCAGGCUUCGGCAGCAGCAUCGUCGUUCCUCGAGCGCUUCUUUUGCGGCCACUCCCAGACAGGCGAGGCCAUCCACGUCUUCGUCGACAUCCUCGCUUUCCUGGUCCAUUCAAUCCACCUCUUCGUCGGCUACAUGAGAAAGUGAUACACGAUCUGCUACACAAGAAUCGAGGGUAAGCACGACUGGCAUGUUGGGUCCGCCUUGGGGGACUUCUGGCGGAAAUCAAAGCAACACUUCCACAGGCACAGGGAACGCGCCUUCCGGUAAUGGGGGAUUAGGCACGGGCGCGAAGGCUGGCAUAGCAGUCGAUGUCAUCCUUGGAAUUUGGAUAAUCGCGCUUGUGUUCUUCCUUCUACGCAGGAGACCCAAGAGGAAGACAUUGGUUACAUCUAGACCACGAGAGCCGUAUAAACCAAGCGAUGAAAAACAAGUCGUCGUGCCAGUCUCCUCGGAGAUAUCGCAGAAGCCGGAGCUGCACAACGGUUCGAUAGUGCGCUCCACCCCGGAACUGCACAGUGAACCAGUAGUGGAUCAUGGCUCGAACUACUCGCAUCUAUACCCAAGUCCAGGCCAAUGGCAGCAGCAGCAGCAGCGUCCCGCAGAAUUAUACAACUCAAUUGGGCAGCCCAACGAGUUAUGUUGCUCAGCAAAUGCCAGUCCUAUGGCGCUGCACUCGCCGCCUCGCAAUCAAGACGUGGAGCUAUUGACGGGCGCUACGCAUCCGUACAAGUACCCCAGACAGCCCGCCUCCAGGACCAGCACCUGUGCCAGCACAGGAGCCGACAUUCGCAACCGGGCAGCCACUUGCGGCCGGAAGACAUUGAGGCGCUGGAGGAAGAGGAGCCGAGGAUAGAUGCAGAGACGGCAGACGCUCAGCGGAUGAAGAAGCUGCCUAAGCAGAAGUUCGCAAGAAGUUCGCAAUAAGUUCGCAAUAACAGAAGCUGAGAGACGCGCAGCGGUGGCACAACUGGGAUCGCCCCUUUGUCGUCGCAUCGCAAUUUAGCGACACACAAGGUCGGCCGAAAAAUACACUGCGCAGUCUAUCUGCUUCCUGAAGGAGCAAUCAGUCGGCGAGCCCAUUUCUGCACGUCCGCUUGCGGAGUCAUCGUCGUCAACAGCACCGCCCCUCACCCUCGCUUAUGGGGCGCUAUCGAUAACGUAUGUGCA